GUAAAUAAAUGAGUUAAUACGUGGUCGAAAGCAUUUACCAGACGAAGACAUAACGGAGACGUACAGGAGAAAGACGAAAUCUGCUAAAACCUCCGCAACAACCAUCGCCGGCCCAUCCCCGGCGAUUGUCGAUUCUCAAUUUCUUCUGCCGUCGGAGAAUAGACUUUGAAAGGGUCGUCGAUCGAUCAAUCGAUCUACUCCAUCUAGUCUAUCUACUUGUCAUUUCUGGUGUUACAGUUAAUUACGGUACUUAGUUUUGACAAUGAAGAAUGGUGAGCGAGCUGCCAAUAUUGCUCUAGCAGGUCUAACACUUGCACCACUGGUUAUGAAGGUAGACCCAAAUAUAAAUGUCAUCUUGACAGCAUGCCUCACAGUUUUUGUGGGUUGUUAUCGCUCUGUCAAGCCAACACCUCCUUCUGAGACAAUGUCUAAUGAACAUGCCAUGCGCUUCCCUUUAGUUGGUAGUGCAAUGCUGUUGUCUCUGUUCUUGCUCUUUAAGUUCCUGUCAAAAGACUUGGUCAAUGCUGUUCUCACUUGUUACUUCUUUGUUCUUGGCAUCAUCGCGCUUUCGGCAACACUUUUACCUGCAAUCAGGCGGUUUUUACCAACUAAGUGGAAUGAAGAUGUUAUAACAUGGCGUUUCCCCUAUUUUCACUCUUUGGAUGUUGAGUUUACCAGGUCUCAAGUGGUUGCUGGAAUUCCCGGGACCUUUUUUUGUGUGUGGUAUGUAGCACAGAAGCAUUGGCUGGCUAACAAUAUCUUGGGACUUGCUUUCUGCAUUCAGGGAAUUGAAAUGCUUUCACUCGGCUCAUUCAAGACUGGUGCUAUUCUAUUGGCUGGACUUUUCUUUUAUGAUAUAUUCUGGGUCUUUUUUACCCCUGUGAUGGUCAGUGUUGCCAAAUCAUUUGAUGCACCUAUAAAGCUUCUAUUCCCAACAAGAGAUGCUGUACGCCCAUUUUCUAUGCUUGGUUUAGGUGAUAUUGUCAUUCCAGGCAUUUUCGUAGCAUUGGCACUGAGAUUUGACGUGUCAAGAGGGCAAAAGAGUCAAUACUUCAAAAGUGCUUUCUUGGGAUAUGCAGUUGGUGUGGUUCUUACAAUUGUUGUCAUGAACUGGUUUCAAGCUGCACAGCCUGCUUUGUUAUACAUUGUGCCAUCAGUUAUCGGGUUCUUGGGUGCUCAUUGCAUAUGGAAUGGAGAGGUCAAACCGUUAUUGGAAUUCGAUGAGUCUAAAACAGCUGCUGGUGGUGAAGGUGAUGUAGAUGAGAAAACAAACAAGAAAGUAGACUGAUAGAUGCUUUACAAUAUACAGUUGCUCACAGUAGAAGGAGCUAUGCUCUUUUUUUCUAUUUCUUUUAUACUUUUUUUUUUCUGGGAUUUUAGCUCCAAUCUUUAUGGUUAACUUAUGCAAUAGAUUUUGCAAUUAAUCUUUUAUUUCUGGAUCA